AUGUCAAAUGAAACAUUGGCUGAAUACAAGGAUUUUCUUGCGAAAUCGCAGGAAUUGUACAAUUAUUUGUUUGAAGAACAAAAUUAUAACAAAAAUCUUUCACCUGUGUAUACAAAAACGAAUAAUGUGUACAAAGUUCCGCGAUUUAAUGUUGAUAUCAUUCUGACAUACACCAGACUUCUGAACAUUGAUCCAGAGGCUCAACGUUUGUCACUCCUUGUACAAUCUUUGAAUAUUUGGACUGAUCUUCGACUUACUUGGGAUCCGGCAAAUUAUUCACAAAUCGAUAACAUUUUCGUGAAUGCGGGCGAGGUGUGGCUUCCACAGAAUACGCUCGCUGAUUCCUUCACAGUAACCGAUGUACUUCAAGAUUACAAAAGGACUGUACAAAUAUUCGCGAAUGGGACGAUUCUCUAUGUAUCGAAGGUCUAUGUGGAGACGAUUUGCAAUCUGAAUCUAGGGCAUUUCCCAUUCGAUGCCCAGGAUUGUCCUAUUCGUUUCAUGGUUAACUCUUAUCCCGUAAAUUUGGUGUCUUCCACAGGCGUUUAUGCAAGUUUCGAUGUCGAAAAUAGAACGAGUAACUCAGAAUGGCAUGCCACAUCGAUUAGGACGACUCCAUUUUUGGACACUCAAGCGUCAACUCCAUUUGAAUCGGUUAUCUUCUACAUUCACCUCAAAAGGGUUCCCCAGUUCUAUAUUUAUGUGAUCAUUUUGCCAUGUUCUACUCUAUCAGUUCUUUCGAUCAUCGGAAUGUUUUGGAAUGAAAAUCGUGUUGAACAACAACUUGAGAAAUUAUCGAUUGGUUUGACGAGUCUCAUGUCAAUGACUGUUCUUCUUGAUAUUGUUGCCACUUCUGUGCCCAAAACUAAAGUGUUUCCACUAUUGGGCAUUUUUGUGUUGAUUUGUGUCUUUAUUAUUGGAGUUGGCUGCGUGGUUCUUGUAGUAGCACCUGUAAAUGAGAAAAACUCAACGAAAAGGAAAAAUCUCACUUGGAAGCAGAAGAUUUUGGCGGAAAUUUCACAACGAAAUUUCAUCCUUCACUGGUUUUUCCAAGGAGCCAAUUUGAUAAAUUUCGUCGUCACAAUCUCUUUUUGGAGA